AUGAAGAAUGGAACCACACACCGACGACGGCGAAAACCCAGUUCUUCUUUGCUUCUAGUCGUCUUUAUUGGGCUAGCGAGUGUCAACCAAGCGGCAUCAUCUUCGUCGUCGUCGUCUUCUUCCACCAUACCACCGCCGCCACCACCCAUCCAUGGACGACGACACAAGAUUCCGCCCCCGCCUCCUCCAAGACCAAGACAACAAAAUGUGGUGACAACUAUAGAAACAACUGCAAAGACGUUACGGCCACCACCGCCACGGCGACGUCCUCCUCCACCCCCACCACCACCAAAUGAAACAAAGGAGACGAGUCAACCAAAUGAGGAAAAGAUGAGCCAACCGAGAAAAGAAGAUGAGAUAGAAUCCAUAUCUCUCCCUCUUGGGCGCCAAGGAUCUUCUAUGAAACACAAUACAGAUCCCAACGAAAAUCAAGGGAUGGCCAAACCAGACAAUAAAGAGAAGGCUGGAUCAGGCCAAUCCUUGGAUCUACGACAACGAGACGGUGGACAGGAACGUGGGCUGAACGUGAAGUCUAUCCAGGAAACUUUGUCGGCCUCACAAACAUCAGCCACUGGCAACCAUGAUGCCUCCACCAUUACAAUGUCAUUCGCAGCAGCAACAACAACAAGGGGACCGAUAAACGUGGCAAACAAACCGCCCCCUCCACCACCACUGAGAAAGCCAGUCGAUGCAACAACCAGAGAACCUGAAUCCUCUGUGGGACACAAGGAUCCACACGAUUACAAUACAGAAGAAGCUGCGCAUUCAACAAAAAUGGCACUUGAUUCUGAGACCCCAAAGAGGCCCUCUCUACACGACAUUGUUAUUGAUGAUGGUGACAAUCACAACGCUGAAACGAACCCCGAGAGUCGCCCUGGUGCUGGUAGUCUUGGUAGCAGUAGCGGGCAGGAAGAAAACACAGCGACAUUCACUUUGCCGCAAACUAGUGAUGAAGGGCAGACACGACAAACUGAUAUUCAGGAGGGUAUUGAUAAGGAAGAAGAGGAAGAACGAAAAGAAGACUCUUCCAAGGAUGCGAGCGAAAGCGCCGCUAGGAAAGACCACUCUGAAGGCGCAAGAGCAAAACCUGCUUCCAUUCUGUCGUUGGACCAGUCUAGGAGGGAAGCUCAAGCUGAAUUGAGUAGCCAAAGGCCGCUACCAGAUGAAUCAGUUCCAUCAAGCAAAGACACACAACCAUCAACUGUCUCCUUCACACCAGCAGUUCCCCAAUACAGACAACCGCCCUUUGGGACAUCACCACAACAGAGUAACCAAAGGCAGCCGUAUGGUAUCCAGCAACAACAGCACUCCCUUGCACAGGCGUCAUUUCAACGAAAGGAACAUCCACAAAGUAGAAAUGCAGCUGCGAGUGGACCCCCAAACAACAGAGGAAGGUAUCAGCAGCCUCCGAAUUGGCAACAGGUUCGACGUCCACCAGGCAAACCCGCCUCCAACAGCAAGAGUAUUCCAGUGUUGAAGUCUCUCUGGUCAAGGGUGGAAAAGGGGCUAGACGGGUUGGCUGACUUGGAAGAUGCAAUUUCAGACCGAGCUCAACAGUUGGUGAGCAGUGUCGUGCCCGGGAAGCCAAAAGCUCCAAGCAGCCUUCCUUACAAGAGGCAGGCCGUGACCAAAAGCGCCAAACAAGGGCUGGCGGGGCCACAAAAACGUUGGCAGCAACAAAAAGAGAUAUCUGCACAAAUGACCAAGCCAGCCUCUUCAAAAGUGUCAGUGUCCAUGUAUCAACUGAACUCGGGGUCAUCCUUUCCCGACAAAAAGCAGCUCGACGAUGACAAACGAAGUUACACGCCAGGGAGAAGCUCUCUGCCUGCCAAUGCCAGAAAGCUAAUGCCAGCGAAUGGAGGAGCGUCUUCUCCGAAUGAUGGUGGUUCUUGGAGCUACCCAGGAGAGCAUAGAUUUGUGCAACAGAAUAUUCCGCAGGGCUCGGAUGUUGGCCAGGCUAAGAAUCCUCCCAGCCAGAGCGACAACGCUGAAGCGCAGCCUGUCCAGCGGGCCGAAGAACCUCGACAAGAGUCUAUGGUGUAUCCCCAACAGGAGCAACAACAACAAAGUCCUAAACCAAGUCUCGACCACAAUCGCAUCGAACCGUGUCAAGGUAGCACAGCAGGUACGUCGCAGGCUCCUCCUUCACGGCAAGCAGAGUGGCCCAAGACCCAGCCAACAAAGGGAAAUCCUUGGACAGUCACCAGCUCUAGCACACCCAUGGGAACAGAGAAGGAGCGACCUCCGCACCGACCCAGCAGGCCCACCCCGGCACCUCGAAGGCCUUCGUAUUUGGAUGACGAUGACGAUGAUACACCUUCUGCUAUUGCCCGUUUCCUGGGAGCAAUUCCUGUACCGAAUUUCGGGAAGGUUUUCCGAUUAGGGCGAAGCAAAGCGUACAAUGAUUAUGCCACUCUCGACGCGUGGGAUGCCGCAGAUGAAACCGCCAAACCGACAGGUGGGUUGUUUGGGAUCUUCCGCCAACAAAAGAAGGCCACCUCACCGACAGUUCCACCGAGAAAGAAAGCCACGAAGGAAGCAGUUGUAGCACGCCCCGUCGAGCAGUUGCUCCAACGAAGUGCUAAUGGCAAGUCGACGUCUCUGCUUAGCACGGAGAACAAGAAGAGUAUUCGAGGGCUAGGCAAAUUUCGAGCGCUUCUCGACAUCAUCACUCUCGGCUUUAUUGUAAACGGGUUCAGGCAAUUGCAAGGAUUGGAAAAAAUCCCGUUGCCGCAGAGUCUCUCUGAUUUUACCGUCGUGUCGGUGCCGAGCCUUUUGGAGGCCUUCAUUUUAUCCCUGGAUACCUGGGCGCCCCUUGCUUUUGUCGCGGCAAUGCUCACGGUGUGGACCAACGCUCUUCUCUUCGACCGUCGUAUUCUGGACAGAGCCACAGACGUGGCUGAAACUGCCGAGGCCGAAGCCAGAUACAGUCGGCUGUAUUUGCGCCUGGUUUCGUCGACAGCGGCUCAUCGACAUUUGCCCAGUCGGAUCUUCAAUGCAGCUCGAUUGCAGGGAAUUGCGCUGGCAGAGACAUCGCGAUUGCAAGCUUUCAUCACUUACGCAAUGGCCACCAUCAUUCUCAUGACGGCCUCUUUCAUCAAACCACUGCUUUUGUGCAUUGCAGGAACGUUCUUCCGUGUGGUCAGUCUUCAAGAGUUGAGGACGUGGCCUCUUCCCUUUGGACAGAUUCUGGACGGCGUGAAGGCCGUGUUUUUGGCUGCAAGCAAGGACUUGACCUCCCUGUUCGAGGUCCAAUUGAAGGGCGCGGGACAUCACCCAUUGCAAGUUGCAUUCAAGUUGUCCAUUCUUGCAGCACUAUUUGCCGUGUCAUAUUUGCCGUCCUUGGAAAAGAGAAGGAGAAUAGAACCAACCGACGAAGAAGAAGAAGACACCGAAGAAGUUGCACAAAAGAUGUCGGAGCAGAUUGUCAGUCUUGGAGGAUCAUCUGCCACGCGCCUUUCCUUCCAAUCCAAACGGGGCUGGUCAGAAAGCUUGAUAGAAAGAUGGCGGUUGGUUCACGAGGAUUCGUCUGCUCUUAUGGACGACGACGUAUCCUCUGUUGGUUCCCUUCUUCGGCGGAUCGGCUACUACAUAUCAUCUUGGCUGAUUCUCGCAGCGCCCAUACUGAUCUUUGGCUUGCUCUUGCACAUACCCAUGACCGGUUGGUGGGGUUCUUCGAGAGCUGCGUCACCCUGGGAAUCCAUUUUGGAGCUGACUGUGUUGCUUUUGUUUACUAAUGGCCUCGUGUGGCAAACAAUGACGACAGUGGUGCAGUCACGUGACCUUCACCCUGAUAUUCCUACUUUCCUCGCAGCGCUCGCCCAGGCUUGGAGUGAAAUGAAUAACCAGCCAGUCUCGUCACGACCAUUGCACGGUUCAGUGAAUCCAGCGGCUGGGCUUGUGGUCAAAGAUUUGUGGUCAGCACACGUCUUCAAGCGGGCUUGGGCAGUCCGAGGCGCUCAGCUAUCAUGCCGAAACGGUGAAGUGCUCGUUAUACUGGGAGAUGAUGGGGCUGGCAAGUCGAGAUUGCUCACGACUCUGGCCGAAUCGCUUGUAUCGCCACCGAAGCAGUCGUUGACUGCAACAAAAGUUCGUGGUAACAUCUUUGUUGGAGGAAUCGAUGUGGCCCAAUGGGACAAAAGUCUUCUUCGAAAGCGACUAGGAUUGUGUUUGACAGAUGUGACUUCUCUGGCACUAAGAGCGUCCAUGUGGUCUGGCUUGUCAUUGGAAGAAAUAAUGGAACCAGGGGACAGAAUGAAGAUCACGGACCCAACCCACACCACAGGCCCCGUGGAAAAGGCUUGCGUAGUAUUGGCGCUAAAGAUCACGGGCCUUUACUGGUCUCUUCUCCCUCGUCUUCCCUCCAAGCUAUCUACCGUACUGACUGCAAACGAGGAAGACCUGCGUCCUUCAACCCUACGGCCAAGGUACACUGUGAUCUCUCCAAGCGAUUGGUCAAAACUGCUGCUGGCUCAAGUCUUGGCUCAGGCGCUGUACGAUGGCGAGAACGCGUCCGGAUCAACAGACCGAAUUGACGGUAGGUUGGCUGGAUCUGUCUUGCUGUUGGACGAUUCAACGAAUAUGCUAUCAGAAGUCGAAGAGUUGAAGUUGCUUCGUGAUUUACGGCAGACUGGAGCGGCAACUUUAUUGAGCAGCAGCAAAUGGGCGACUGGCCGUUUGGCCGACCGAAUCGUGGUAGUGAAGGACGGGGCAAUCGUCGAAACCGGAACCCACAACGAGUUGUUGAGUCGAGGUCCUCAACAAAGCUUGUAUGCGGCAAAGUGGCACACAAUGACUGCGCCAAUGUGA